AUGAAUAAUAAGGAACGAAUAGCAAGGUAUAAGGAAAAAGUAAAUGAUGUAUUGCAGAAGAUGGUAUAUGAACUGUUUAAAUCAUAACCUGAAAAUUAUAUUGAAUGGAUGAUCCAAUACCUUGAAUAACUUAAAAAUAACUCCAGUAUGACUCAGCAUCUAAAUACUGCAGUCGAAUAUAAUUUAUCAUCUGAUCAAGAUGACAAUGAAGAAAUUGAAGAAUUGCCAUUGCCACCAAAAAAUUCAAAAGCGUUCAGAAGUUCUGUAAGUGCUGAAGUCUUCGGUAUCCACAACAAGAAGGAGAACUUCAUACCAAGAGUGAUACCAAAAACAGAAGAAUAGAAGUAAUAAAUAUUGGAGAAACUAAUGAAAGUGUUUAUGUUUUAGGCACUGGGCUAGCAUGAAUAAGAGAUUGUUGUAAAUGCCAUGGAAGAAAAGCAUUUCACAAAGGAUGACUGGGUAAUCAAUCAGGGAGAAGAUGGAGCUGAACUUUACAUAGUAUUUUCUGGUGAACUGGAUUGCUUUAGGAGAAUGAAACCAACAGAUGAAGAACCGAAAUUCCUUAAGCAAUACAAGUCAGGUGAUAUGUUCGGAGAAUUAUCUCUUCUCUAUAAUUCUCCUAGGGCAGCCUCAAUCUAAGCAAAAGUUGAUUCGGUUCUCUUUGCAUUGGACAGAAGCACUUUCAAUAACAUAGUGAAAGAUGCUACUAUGAAAAAGAGACAACAAUAUGAAGAGGUACUUUCUAAAGUUGAGUUAUUAUAAUCAAUGGACGCCUAUGAAAAGACACAAAUUUGUGAUGGUCUGAAGGAGCAUUCAUACUUGGAAGGACAAGUGAUCAUUUAGGAAGGGGAAGAAGGAGAUAAAUUUUACAUGGUUGCUGAAGGAAGUUUGGCGGCAUUUAAAGAUAAUAAUGGAUAAUAGGAAGAAGUCUUGCGUUAUCAAACAGGGGAUUAUUUUGGUGAAUUGGCAUUAAUUCAUAAGAUGCCUAGAUAAGCUACAAUAAAAGCGGAAACUGAUUGUGUAGUUGUGUAUUUAGAUAGCAAUUCAUUUUUGAGAUUGUUAGGUCCAGUUGAAGAUAUACUUAGAAGAAAUGCUGACACUUAUAAAAAGUUUCUUUCGAAUUGA